AUUCGAACCCAAGAAGUCCUUGAACGGAAGUAACGCAUCCGAAAAACACGAUUAUGGAGAAUCAACAAUCAGCGGCGCCGCUCUCUUCCGGCAACGAUGCCGGAGACGCUUCCCUGAUCAACACCUUCUGUGAAAUCACUUCAGCUUCUCCAUCCGAAGCCGCCUUUUACUUAGAAUCUCACAAUUACGAUCUCGACUCCGCCCUCUCUACUUUCUACGAAACCACCAAUCUCACCGCCACCGAUACCGCCACCGCUACCGCCGAUGUCGGCCCCGUUGGUAACCAAAGCAACCCCGUACGUGAAUCCCCGGUUCAGUCUGAAUCGUAUUCUCCCUCUCAAUCCCAAUCCCAAUCCCAGUCCCAAUCGCAGUCGUCUACUCCUCCUCGGUCGCGAUCCCCUUCUCCGCCUGCUGCUCGACGUUCUCAGUAUAAUCUGCGCUCGUCCUCUGGUUCCAAGCCCUCUUCCACCGCCGCUGCCACCGGGGGUAGUAGCCGAAGAGGUGCAAGUGGGAUUCGGACUCUUGCUGAUUUGAAUCGGCAGCCAAGCGACGACAGUGAUUCCGAUGACCCUGAGGAGUACUACGCUGGUGGCCAGAAAAGUGGAAUGCUAGUCCAAGAUCCUUCAAAAGGCAAUAAUGUGGAUGCCAUAUUUGAUCACGCUAGGCGCGCUGGAGGUGUUGAAAGGCCUCCUGACUCGCAUCAGCCAUCUUCAAGCUCACAAAGGUUUACGGGAACUGCAAGGUUACUCUCAGGAGAUACGGUGUCGCAACCUAGCUCGCAGCCUGCUGUAGUAACCCAUACUAUCACUUUCUGGAGGAAUGGUUUCACGGUCAAUGAUGGUCCCCUGAGGAGAUUAGAUGAUCCCGAAAACGCAGCAUUUUUAGAGAGCAUCAAAAGGAGUGAGUGUCCAGUGGAGCUUCAGCCAACUUCGAGGUCCACUCAGGUCCAUGUCAAUCUUGUGAGAAGGGAUGAAAACUACGUUGUAUGUCUAAAAUUUACCCUCUUAAGUGUAUAUUUCCUUUCCCUUUCUUUGCUUGAGUAUGAUAUUUUAACUUGACAAAUUGUCCAGGUGAAAGAGAGACCACAACGCUCAUUUCAAGGUGUCGGAAGGACUUUAGGUAGCCAGACGGAUACCCCAGCGCGAGAGCCAGCUGCAGUUGCUGUGCCAAUGACCAGUGCUCCAACUCCAAAUAUAGGCCUAGUAGUUGAUCAAGGACAACCUUCUACCUCUAUUCAGCUGAGGCUGGCUGAUGGUACAAGGAUGAUCUCCCGCUUCAACUAUCACCACACAGUACGUGACAUCCGAGGUUUUAUUGAUGCAUCAAGACCAGGCGGAUCAGGCACUUAUCAACUUCAAACAGUGGGAUUUCCACCAAAACCCCUCACUGAUUUGGACCAGACGAUUGUACAAGCUGGCCUGGCCAACUCAGUUGUGAUCCAGAAACUUUGCUAGUAGGAUUUAAAUUAUCGUAGACGCAUUUUUCCAUAUAAUAUAGGAUAAGAGCCAGCCAAAUCUCUAUUUGUUUGAUAUCUGUGUUGAUAAUUCAAGAGCUCGGUAUUGGCACUUGGCACCAUUUUAUAUUAUCCGCAACUUUCUCAACAUAUUGCCUUCUAUUCUAUCAGUCUAUAUCUGUCCUUAGACUAUGAAUUUUUUCUUUCCCUAUGAGCGUAUUUUCUUUCAAAGUCUUAUGAAUAUGG